GGCUGGGCUAGCGUGGCUGGUGAAUAUCUCCCCACUACAACAGCCAAUGAAUUCUAACACACUCUGAUAAUGUCGUCUCUUCUUCCUCGCAGCAUUGUUUCCAUGAUUUGCCAAUAGAGUCAGCAUUCGACACAUUAAUUGUACCGUUCUGGCUAGCUAUCCCUUGUCUCUUUGCUAUUUGCCAGGAUUCCCACCACCUCGCUCAUAACCAACCUCGCCUACGGCCACUGCCGCUGGCAGCAAAAUGAGUCUACAAUACCUAGGAAUCAGUCAUUUUCCCGUCCUCCACCGGCAAUUCUCCUCGCCGACAAAAGGAGCUUUCUUGGACUCAUCUCCCAGUCAGCAAGACCUUACUCAAGACAGCAAGGAUGUCCUUAUCGAAAGGUUGAAUGAUCUAGUGCUACGUCUGUCAACAGCCCAGGAGCUGGAGGCUGGUGCAGUGACCGCUGUUCACUCGCAAGUAGACAGGAUUGAGAUGAUUUUGAGAGGUGAAGAAAAGCACAAGCAGCCGAACCAUCCCCGCAGUGGAAGUGGAACACCGGUGCCGAAAGAUGACCCAUUCUGGGGCCCUGCUACCCCAACACAGAGCAUUAAAAUGCGUCUACCAGACACGUCUACUGGUGGUCAGCGACCACCGCUUCGUCGGAAUUUACAGCAGAUGUCUUCAGCAAAGGCCAAGGAAAUGGCACAGGAAGCUGAAGACCUAGCUUCAAGAAUGGCCGUCACUCUUGAAGAAUUUCAACGUAGGAAAGAAGAGUCAGAUCACAUUCACGAUUUACUUAUAACACGUGUUGAGAAGGCAGCUGAGAGAAUCCUGGUUCUAGAGUAUAGGAUUGCAGAGAUAGAGAAUGAUUUUGAGGCAGAUCAAUCAGAGCUCAAGUUUCUCCGGAUCCAAUUACAGGCACUUGAAGCCCAAUGUGCUCAAUAUAUUCCCCGCAACGAAGACCCUGAGCUUACGGAGAGCAUCUUGAAUUGGAAAGUCGACUGGGAGGACAUUGACAGGCGGUCUAAAGCCCGGAGGAAGAAGUGUAAGAUGUCGUUGUCAGUGAGUAAUAUGAGUGACUCCCAGACAGCCGUGGAUGGCUCUUGAAGUUGGGACAGAGCAAUCCAUAACAACAGAGCCAUGUAUCAGUAACAACCUGAUAUUACCCAAAAUCAGGGUGUCACCUUGCGGGUUCGAGAAGAUUCCGUCGUCGAUGAUCAUUGAACCGGAGGAUCAUAUAUCGGCGCAACGGUCCAGAGCUAACGACUCUUUUUCCUCGCAAAAACACAAAAUCGAAAGCAGCCUUCAACCUAUUCCAAAGUCCAACUUCAGAAAUAUC